AGGAGGGGACGAGCAGAGCGGAGGGGAGACCCGCCGCCUCCCUCCCUCCCUCGCGCGCCGACUCGCUCCCUCCAGGGCUGCGGCUGCUGCAACGGCGGCGGUGGUGGCAGCAGCAGCAGCGGGAGCAGUCUGGAGGCCGACGUCGAGGUAAGUCGGGGAUGGACUGAGGCUGCGGGUAGGAGUGGAUGGACAGACGGCAGACGCCGGAGGGCUGCACGGGAAUGUGGGCACCUGGCUGACUGGCUGGUGGUGCUGGGCGCCCCACGCCAAUGAGAAGAGGAAGCACCAGGGGCACCCCGGGGGUGAGGGAAUCCCUGGGAGAGGGGCUGAGAAGGGGCUCCAAGGAGAUGCCCAGGACACCCAGGGAGGGGCAGGGGUGUCUGCACUCCAAACGCGCAGCAAGAAAACCGCACCCGCUGGCGCCUGGGGAGGAAGGGUGGAUGCAGAAGGAGUGGAAUGUGAGUAUAGGGCCUCUGCUCAGUCUGCCAGAGUAUGCAGGUGUCUGCACAGCUUGAUUUUGAAGUGCUGGGGCAUCUGUUAGGAUCUGAGAGACUGGAUCCAAUUGGGGCAGGAAGAGAUCAUGGUGAGGGGCCUGUUUACAAAAGGGUUAAUCUUCCUAGGGCAUUCCAAGCAGAAGACUUUAAGCAGAGCACUACUCCCCAGAGAUGUCCCACCCCAAGGCAAAGGAAACCCCAACUUUUCUUUCUCUCCCUAGAGGCAACCCAAGGCUGGCUCUGAGACGGAAGCGUAUACCUUUUGGGCUGCAGUGCUGAGAGCCGCCUCUUUCCUUCUCUCACCAAGCCUGUCUCUUCCUCUUCCAGGAUUUGCUGCUGUCUUUACUGCUCCAUCCUCCCCACAGAGGCCCUCAGCCCUCUCCCAUCUCAAGAUGGCAGCCAGCAGCUCUCAGGUCUCUGAGAUGAAGGGGAUAGAGGAGAGUCCCCAGACCCAGGGAGAAGGGCCUGGCCAUUCUGAAGCUGGAACUGGCCCUCUCCAGGUCCCAGCUAGGUUCCCAGAUGAGCCAGAGGCCUUGGAACCAGGCCCAGACAUCACUGGAACUCUAGAAACCACAGAGACCCCAACAGGGGCCCCAGAAACAGCCAGAGACCUCAGCUCAAGCCCAGGAGGGGAACCAAAGGCCAACUCCAGCCCCAAAGAAGCAUGCCAAGAGCCAGCAUCCAAGCCAGAAGUGAGCAAAAAGGCCAUUGCAGACCAGGGGUCCGACCUGGAGUCUGCAGGCCUGUUUGAGCCAGCUUCAGAGCCUGUUCCCCAGGUGGACCCCCAAUCAGACCUUCAGCUAGACCCCCAGCCAGGUUCCCAGCCCAGCUCCAAACCAGCCUUUCAGCCAGAGCUCCCUACCCAGGAAGACCCCACCCCUGAGGUCUUGACUGAGAGCAUGGAGGAAAAGCAGGAGAAUGGAGCAGUGGUUCCCCUGCAGGCUGGUGAUGGGAUAGAGGGCCCAGCCCCACAGCCUCAUUCACCACUCUCAACAACACCUCCCCCAGCCAAUGGGGCUCCCCCCCGUGUGCUGCAGCAGCUGGUUGAGGAGGACCGACUAAUAAGGGCUCACAGUGGGCAUCCAGGAUCUCCCCGGGGUAGCCUGAGCCGUCACCCCAGCUCCCAGCUAGCAGGGUCUGGGGUAGAGGGAGGUGAAGGCACCCAGAAACCUCGAGACUACAUCAUCCUUGCCAUCCUGUCCUGCUUCUGCCCCAUGUGGCCUGUCAACAUCGUGGCCUUCGCUUAUGCCGUCAUGUCCCGGAACAGUCUGCAGCAGGGGGACGUGGAUGGGGCCCAGCGUCUGGGUCGCGUGGCCAAGCUCUUAAGCAUCGUGGCGCUGGUGGGGGGGGUCCUCAUCAUCAUCGCUUCCUGCGUCAUCAACUUAGGCGUAUCUGUUACUAGAGCGGAGCCUUCCGCGCAAUCGCUAUGCGCCUGCGUACCGUGACCCUGUGCCGUCUGGGAGGCGGGUCUUGGCUCCAGCGAUGAGGAGGUGGAGCUGCCCGUGGAUGGGCAGGCCUGGAUGCCGCCUCCCUCCGAAAUCCAGCGGCUCUAUGAGCUGCUGGCUGCCCACGGUACCUUGGAACUUCAGGCCGAGAUCCUGCCCCGCCGGCCACCC